AUGCAAGUAAGGAUGAGUUACGAGGGAAAUUUGUCGGGUUUUGUUUUGUUUGUGAUCGGGCCUUGUGAUCGGGCCCAGUUGUGGAAAGAAAUCCUUCGAAUUGUGAUGGAGGAUUCAAGAAUGCGUGGGAACGUGGAGGAGUUGAAUUUUGCUUCGAGAAGGGCUGAAGAAGCUGCCUUGAGAAGAUAUCAAGCUAUCCAUUGGCUUGAUUACCUUGUGGGCCCACUCGGAAUCCCGAGCCAGACGACUGAAGAACAGUUCAUUUCUUGCUUGAGAAAUGGGUUAAUCCUCUGCAAUGUAAUCAACAAAAUUCAACCUGGUUCGGUUCCGAAGGUCAUAGAAAAAACUUCGGCUUCACCAGCACUAUUGUGGGAUUCCCAGCCAUUGCCGGCUUAUCAAUACUUUGAGAACGUCAGAAAUUUUUUAGUGGCCGUUCAAGAAUUAAAGCUUCCUAAUUUCGAGGCUUCUGUUUUUGAGAGGGAAAAUGUCCAAGAAGGGUCAUCUACCAAAGUUGUCGAUUGCAUUUUGGCACUGAAGGAUUAUUAUGAGUGGAAACAAAUGACAGGUGGCAAUGGAUAUUACAAACCCCCCAGAUCGCCUCAUGUUGUGCAUUCAGCUGGUAGAGUCAAUGCUCGGGCUCCAGAAUUUGUUUCUUGUGAUAGUGCCAGAAGAUUAGAUAUGUCGAAAUGUGUCAGCAAACCAAUGCCAUCAGAAAUCGAUCUCAAAAAACUUGAAGAUAAAAUUGUCAAAGCACUGGCUCAGCAUAUGGCUGACACUAAGGAGAACAUGGACGGUAAUCAAGUUGCUGCUUAUCAUAGUGGAAAUGCGGAUUCACUGAAUACCUUCAGCAAGAUACUCUCAACUUGCCUAGAGGAACAAUUUCGAGCAACAUUUCCCGAGAUGAAAUCAAGUAUUUUGGAUUAUUUGAAACAAAGAAGUUGCUCAACUGUGCAUCCCACUUCGAGGCCUAUUGAAGAUUUGUCCAAUCUGAAAAACGGCAAGUGUUGCAGAGCUUGCUUGAGGAAGGGUAACUGCAACCACUGGAGUCUAGUUGAGCAGCAAGAAAAGGAACUUUCUAAUAUCAAGCUUUUGUUAUCAAGUGCAAAGCAAGAGGUUGAGAGUCUCCGGUUACAGAUUCAAAAGGACUUUAAAGAACUUGGAGAACAAGUGAUCGAGAUGUCUAAUGCUGCUCUUGGUUAUCACAAUGCUGUUAAAGAGAAUAGGAAUCUCUACAACAUGGUUCAAGAUCUGAAAGGAAAUAUUCGGGUUUACUGCAGGAUUAGACCAGCCCAUGAUUCCAAAGUGCAAAAUGUCAUUGAUUUUAUUGGAAACGAUGGAUCUCUAGUGGUUGUAGAUCCAAAGCCUAUUAAAGAUGGAAAAAAAAUAUUCCAAUUUAAUCAUGUGUUUGAUCCAUCAGCUAGCCAAGCUGAGGUUUUUAGAGACACUCAGCCUGUUGUUAGAUCCGUAUUGGACGGUUACAAUGUUUGCAUAUUCGCUUACGGUCAAACCGGGUCAGGAAAAACACAUACCAUGUAUGGCCCUCCGGGUGGAUCAACCGAGCAGGUGGGAAUCAGUUAUUUGGCUCUUACCGAUCUUUUCGAACUGUCGGACCAAAGAAAGGGCAUCACAAAGUACGAAAUUCAAGUGCAGAUGGUUGAGAUUUACAACGAGCAAAUUCACGAUCUUCUUGCCAAGGACUCAGGCUCCAAAAAAUAUCCUUUUCUGCAUUUAGACAUUCUAUAUUUAAAUCUUGUUUACCACUUGGUUCUCCCAGAUGCUACACUUUGUCCAGUUAAGUCAGCAAAUGAUGUCAUAAAGUUAAUGAAACUCGGUGAAGUGAAUCGUGCAGUUGGCUCGACUGCAAUUAAUGUUAGAAGCAGCCGUUCACACAGUGUACUGUCCGUGCAUGUGCAUGGAGAAGAUGCUUCCGGAAGCUUCAUCCACAGUUGCCUCCAUCUGGUGGAUUUAGCUGGCAGCGAGCGUGUGGAUAAAUCGGAAGUGACGGGUGAUGGGCUUCGAGAGGCACAGCAUAUAAACAAAUCUCUUUCUUGUUUGGUCGAUGUUAUAACGGCUUUGGCCCAAAAGAACUCUCAUAUUCCCUACCGAAACAGCAAGCUCACUCUACUUCUCCAGAACUCCUUAGGAGGAAGUGCAAAAACGUUGAUGUUCGCUCAUGUGAGCCCGGAAGGCGAUUCUUUUGGAGAGACAAUGAGCACUUUAAAGUUUGCUCAAAGAGUGUCUACUGUGGAACUCGGUGCAGCUCGUGCGAAUAAGGAAAGCAGUGAGGUUUUAGAGCUCAAAGCAGAGAUAGAGAACCUUAAAAAGGCAUUAGCCGACCGUGACAUCGUGACGCCCCCAACGAAAAGAUUCAAGGAGGCAGCAAAAACGCCCCCAAAGUCGAGAAGGCUAAGCAUCGAGAAGGUGACCCCACCAAAGUCCACAAGAAGGCUGAGCAUCGAAUAUGGGGCCAAAACCCCCUCGGUUUUCCCACCAAGGCCCAACAGAAGGCUGAGCAUCGAGAGUGGUGGGCCCGAACAAGAAACUUCCCGGCCCGCAAAAGCUCGAUCACGAAGGUUGAGCCUCGAGGGCCCGAACCUCGAGGGCCUGCAAAAGAAUCCCUGUCAUCUUGGGCACAGAGGGGCCCGGUCCCCUUUGAGCCCGUUAAGCUCGUCUGUCAUCAAAACCCCAGUCAAAAAAGUUGAUACAGCCAGAAUGAAGAUUAGCACACCCGAGCCACAGUUAAAACCGGGGAAUGGGUGUAAUAUUAGUUCAGAAAUGCAAACGCCUUGCUUGACUCACAAGAAAGGUUCUCAAUUGAAAAAAUCACUUCGGACAAUCGGCAAGUUGAUCAAUGGUUCAGAAAAGAGGAACCAACAAAAACCAACUGAAAUAACGUUGCCAGGUGGUAGUGUUGGCCCCAAAUCUCCGAUAUCGACGAAUGCAAGGGCCGUGAGGAGACAGUCGUUGACCGGCGUACAACAACCUACUUCUCGGCGGUCUUCACUUGGAGGGGUCUCGACUGACUCUUAUGACAAUGGGAAUCGAAAUGCUGGGACAACACCACCCCCUCAGGUUCGGGCCUCGACAAAGUUAACAAAACGUUGGAUUUAG